AUGUCUUCGGCGCAUUUCAAGGGAGCCGUCAAGGCCUCCUUUUGGAGAGGCGGCACUUCUAAAGGUAUCUUCUUCAACUUUUGGGAUCUGCCUAAGUGGUUUCAACAGACGUUGAGAUCUGAUCGAGCCCCGGACGAACUUCAGACCAAAAGUUUAGAGCAAUUCUUUGGUGCUGUUAUGGGGUCUCCGGAUCCAUAUGGCAGGCAACUUAAUGGUAUGGGUGGAGGCAUCUCUUCCUUAAGCAAAGCCAUGGUUGUUUGUCCGCCUACUCAGCCUGGCGCAGAUGUAGAUUACACUUUUUUCCAGAUAGGAAUCAAGGACGGCGUAAUAGAUAUGGCUGGGAAUUGUGGAAACCUUAGUGCUGCGGUGGGCCCUUUUGCCUUGAAUGCCGGGCUUUAUCAAACUCAAGGUCAGGGUUCGGACACAGGCGGUGGGGAUAGGGACAAAGAUCGACAGAUCAUGAUGCGAAUGAGGAACACCAAUACAAGAAAGAUUAUUGAAGCUACUUUCAAAGUAUGCAAAUUCAAUGGUAACUGGCAAUUUCACUAUCCUGGUGACACAAAAAUCGAUGGGGUAUCCAGCACAGCAUCUAAGAUCACGCUAUCAUUUCUGGAUCCGGAAGGCUCCAAGACUGCCAGUGCCUUGCCGACGGGAAAUGCAGUUGAUAUCAUCAGGGUGGACAACCUCUCAGUCCAGGCUUCCUUGGUAGAUGUGAGCAAUCCCGGGAUCUUCAUCAAUGGCUACGAGAUUGGAUGGAAUCCUAAAGCCACUCCAGAUGAAUUGAAUGCAAAUCGCCCUCUUAUGGAUAGCCUGGAAAAAAUUCGCAAGAAAGGCACAGAAAUGAUGGGGCUUGACCCCCAAAUUAACAGUGUGCCAAAAAUUGUCAUGCUUUUCCCACCCACCGAUGAACAGAUGGACAUUGCAUGUCAAGCUCUCUCGAUGGGCCAGGCACAUAAGGCGGUGCCGGUCACUCUUGCGCUUAAUCUCGGGGUGGCUUGCAAAUUGAAAGGAACGCUCCCGUUUCGUCUUUCGAAGCAUCUCUCUCCCUCGAAUACCAUUAUUGGGCACCCAUCAGGCACACUUGAAGUUGGCGCAGCAAUCGGUAAUGGCAAAAUCAGGAGCGCAAAUCUAAUCAGAAGUUCUCGUUGUCUUAUGGACGGGUAUGUCAAUACCCUAGGAAGCGACGAGGAAGCUCUUGAGCAGGAUGCAUAG